UGGGGGCUGGAGAAGCAUGACAUCAUGCUCAGCUCCGACCCUCUCUGCGAAAACAAAGAAUAAAACAAAUUUAUUUCACUACAGCACGCAACAGUCGACGACAACGACGUCUGCACUGUGAUACUCCGCGGCUCCAUCCUUAAAAUACAGCCGGAGUCUGGCCGCGGUGCUCCGGUGUGUGCGGCGGAGUCUGGGAGGGGCAUCCGUCCGUCCGUCCGGGCAAUGGCGGAUGGGGAGGCCACUGUGUCUGUGGAGUGGGACAGCAGCGAUGGGGGCUUAGCAGAAUAACAUCCCACCUCUGCGUUUAUAUUUUCUCUGUUUAGCUUGGUAUUCAUCUGUCGCCAUGGACCCAGAGAAAACGCUGACAUUCUGCCUCGGGCUGAAGGCUGAGGAGAUGACCAUGUCCCUGCAGGGGCUGGAUGGGACUGAAGCUGCCACGGUGGCUGUUUCUCAGAAGGAGGCUGACAUGCGCACAGUUAAUAAGGUGGUGAAGCAUCAUGGAGGCUCUGGUAGCCAGCCUGUUGUCAGCCCCAAGUACUGCCCUGGGGUAAACAACAAUCCAGGUUACCUGUGUGAAACAGGGCACUGCUGAGGAGAGACAGGCUGCUGCACCUACUAUUAUGAGCUGUGGUGGUUCUGGCUGCUGUGGACCAUGCUGAUUCUCUUCAGCUGUUUCUGCGCUUACCGCCACCGCCGGGCCAAGCUGAGGAUCCAACAGCAGCAGAGACAGAGGGAGAUCAAUCUGAUUGCCUAUAACGGAGCCUGCAACUACCCUUCCUCAAUGCUGGACCUCAGUUUUCUGGCAUCCUUCAAGUUGCCCUCCUAUGAGGAGGUGGCAGCGCAGCCCAGCACCCCUCCUCCACCUUACAGCUCCGUCUUCGCCCUGCAGGGAGGUGCCAUGGGGGGCCCUAGCUCCUCUUACCCCCAUCAUCACCACCACCGUCACCCCUGCCCUCCCUAUCUGGGCCCCGGUCCCAGUGGCCUGACUUCCUCCCAGAGCUCUGACAACUACACCAGCUGCUCCUGCGAGUCGUGCUCCCUCACCUCCCCCUCCAGCACCUCCUUCUCCGUUCAGGUGACGGACGAGACAUACGACAGCAGCCACAUCUCCACGCCCAGUGAAGCAGGGGGCGACUGUGUUGUCAUGCCGAGGGUUGGGGCCAGCUUCACACCAACUCCUUCCCCGACUCCUCCAUCACAAGUUCCACCUGAUGUUAUACCCGUGGCUACGCCAGAUGUCAUACCAGUACAGAGACGCUCCUCUAAUGGCAGUGAUGGAGUCUCACCUUCAGCUCCACCGCUCUCUCUUCCUUUGCAUUCUCGUCCUUCACACCCCUCUCGCCUCCCACUUUCUCCCCUCAUUCUGUUAUCUUCCCUCCCUCCUGGUCAAGUCCAUCCUCUUGUCCUCUCAGACCCACUCGGAGCUGUGGCCAUGCAGAGAGAGAAAGAAGAAGAGGCCCCGCCUUGUGUUCCCGCCCCGAGGCCCACUCUGUCUCCCCCUAAACAGGCUCUCUUCUCUGCACAUGUUUCUGUUUUCACACAUUGCAGCAACAAGGAGGAGCAAAAGCAAGAAAAAGAAGAGGAAGAAGAAGAAGACGACGAUGAGGAGGAUCAUUUCCGGCAUCGACGGCUAACGGGCGACUCGGGCAUCGAGGUGUGUCGCUGCCACGUGAAGAGAGAGGCACAAGAGGACGAGGAACUACAGAAGGGGCAUUUUGGUAAAGGAGGGAAGGAGGCUGUGAAGGAGGAGGAGAGGGCAGACCUGCUGCACGACAGCGUGGACUGUUCCCUCAGAGUGAAGGCUGCCGCUCAGUCACCACACCUGGACGACUGCGCUGAGCAGCGCAGCCACAUCUCCUCAUCCUCCAGUUUCAUCCAGAAGACAGGCGAGGCCAUCAUCACUGUGGAGUCCUCGUAAGCUGACAGCCUGUUGAUGUAGUGGAAAACAGUGAGACGUUUAUGCCUGAUAGCAUCUUUACAGAUCAAGACCAGUAGGUGAGAAGUUGAAUCACUGAAAGAAAGUCUUGCAGGUUUUGAGGAUGAGAAAUGGAUCCUCUUGUUUUUUCUGUAUUCAAGCGAAAAGCUCCAAGAGAAGCCGACACCUGAAAGUCCUGUUUGUAGUUAAUUUAUUUAUGGUUUGGGAGACGGUAUAGCUUCCUCUCUAAAGUGAUGAAAAUGAAUUGUUCUUUCUCUGUCUCUCCCCACAUGCUAACCAAAUCCAUUUUUACCAGUGGAUCGAUGUCAACAUCCCUUUGUCCCUCUGCUGUUUGCUUUUCAUCUCUCUUCUCUCUGCAUGACACAGCAUUGGUAAAAUAGCAUUUUAGCUCCUUGAGAAGAAAUCCGUAAUAGUCAGUGGUUCCCAACCUGGGGUCAGGACCAGGGGUCAUGAUGAGUAACAGCAAAAGAAGAUGCUACAUAAAAUUAUACGCUAAUGUUUCUCAAAUCUUUAGGGAUAGUUUUACUUCUCUGGAAAUUUAAAAAUGAUUCAGAUAAAACAAUCUGAGAAGCGCAAAUCAAUCUUUAGCAGACCUGCUCACAACGUCUUGACUUAUGCAAUGUGUGACGGGUCACAAAAAGGUUGGGAACUGCUGGCUGAUACACCGUAUUACUCAAAUCAUCCCAGCAGCAACAAACAAGACUGUUUAUCUUUAACUGAUUCUUCAGUCGAAUAGAAUUAUAUUCUAGGAGUAUACGAAGUAAAAACACGAAACAAUUCAUUUUCAAAACAGCAGCUCUGACAUAUUGUGUUAUAUAAUCUUAAUUUACUGGAUCUUUCCAAGAGGUUCACACCUGUUGAACGUUAUGUAUCGCGGCCACAGGACUAACCUGCAGCCCUUUUUUUCUUGUAGGGUGAAUUUUUGCUUUCACCAGCCUACUUCUCUCUGUCUUAGAGGAAAUAACGAGAGAAGACGACUCUAAUGACUGAUUCACAAGGUGUGUGUUUUAUACAUUGUGUCUUACGUUGCUCCCCAAAGGAAAAAGGGGUGCAAACAUUAAUUAUAACGUGUGGGUGGCAAAGAUUUAAAAUGGUAUUAUGAUUAUACAUUGUUGUUUCAGACUGUUACAUGAUUAUACUGUAUAAUGAACUGUGUGUUUGACUUUGGAUUUUAAUGUGUUGUUCCUGGUUGCCAUUUUGUUCUGUUUUUUGCAAGGCAAUGUAAAUCUGAUUCCUCCACGGACGGGACUGUUGAGUUUUGACGAGGCAGAAACUUUAAGCCUGAUCUCAUCACUGAUAAUGAAUGUAAAAGGUUUAUGCAUCGCAACACAAAAAAGAUCAAUUGUUUACGGAUCAUUUUUAUAGCACGACGCUUGGUGUGGCUUGGAAACCUCUGGAAAAGUUUCCUAAAACUGCAGCUAGAUGAUACGACCUGCCAGCUGCGGGCUUUGGGAAAACGUUUUGAAAUGAAGUGCCCAUUGUAACGUCUGUCUGAGUCGGGUAAUCCCUGUGAGAUGUCGAAGGUGUAAAUGUGCAAAGUGAGGGUUUAAAUUCAGAGUGAUUGCUGUGGCUAAACACGUGAUCACGUCUGAGAGUUGCUUUUCUCUAAACGUAUCCUGGCUGAUCCUGUUUUUGUACGUGAAAUCAUUCAUUAGUUAACGUCCAGUUGUACUGACAGUAGGGACUUUGAUUGAUGCCCUGCACUUCCUAUGUCAGUUAGUCGAUCCUGGUUUUAGCAGUGAGAAUAGCACACAUCCUGUCUUGUGAUUUACUCUGAGUACAAAAUGUACUGAAGCGUAGAACAAGAUUUACAAAGCGAGAAUGUCUCCAAUCAUAUUUCUUACAUGUUUGUCUUGCUGUGGUUAUUAUGAGACAAAUGGAGCUUUGUUGUGUCCUUGGCUCAGUGCAAAGCCAACUUAAUUAUCUGACACCUGAAGGCAAAGCUUUCAACUCAUUUAUGCGGACUGAAAAUGUUGCCUCGGUUCAGCUCAGUAAUAUUCGUCAGGCAAAUUAUGUUUGUGUAUAUAGGGAGUUUAAGCAGAUUUGGGGUUUGUUAGGAAGUUUGUUUUGACAUCUUAUAAUCUCUUAGCUCCUGUGCAGUGACUCACAGGUGUGUCUCAGAGGUGACCAAUGCUCUGACGGAGACUUUCCACCCUCUGAACACAUAAGCAUAAGGGCCUUUUGGCUGCUGUACAUUUCUUUCGGCUAAAGACUGGACAGUUGUUAUCUUCUCAUUAGCUCUAGCCGAUGUUUGUUGAUCAAAGUAUACGGUGCCUAGAUGAAAUUAGGCAUUCUAUAGUUUACUGCUGCUAUGCGAGUGUGCGAGUGUUUUCUGUAUAUUGCGUAUAGUCGUACGUCAAAAUGGGCAAACGUUUUCUAGCAGUGCUUAGCGGUCUCUUUAUAAAAUAUAUACAGUACAUGUGAGACUUGAAGAAAAAAAAAUUGUAUUUAGCAAUAGUAUUCACACUUUUUUUCCUUACUCUAGUUAAUGCGGGUCGGUAGGAAAUUAACUGUUGUGAAAAAAGACAUUUACCUCUUUAUAACUGAUCCGUGAGCUGUGCUGGGCAGAGGCCCGUGAUUGUACAUAACACUGCAUUUAAAAUGCCUUUGGCUUAAGGUUUCUCCCAAGUGCAAACUCAGAUUAUCUGGUUUUACCCCAGCCCCAGUUUGUGCCUCUCAUGUGGUGUCAUUUCAUUUGGGUCAUGGAGAUAAGCAUCUGUGUUUCUGGAGAGUAUCUGCUCUGAAAGUAUUUCCAGAUUCCUCUGGACUGCUCUGUCCAUGUGGAUAAAAAAAUAUAAUAGCUUGGCCAUCCGGAGGGAGCUCGGAGUAGAGCCGCUGCUCCUUCGCGUCAA